GAGUGCACGUGCCUGAAUACCUUUAUCAAAUCUUGAAACAUUUUCCCAAGCUUUGGGCAUCGCCACCAUUCACAGCGUGUUACCCGACUGAUUCUGGGACAGGUCAGGCAUGCUGACUGUGCCAUUUACAGCUAACUAGUACUAGUUAAAGUCAGUGUUCGCAGGUUUUCUUACCUCAGUGUUUAUAUAAUCCUCGUAAACGACAUCAAACGCUAUGUGACCAUCAUUUGCAUGCUAGGGAGACAUUAGCGCGCUACUUCGUCCAAUAUUUAUGUCAUUCAAAAAGCAAUUUGUUUGUCAACCAACAGGCACCCUCGAGUAGUUCGCUAUGACGUGCACGUUGCUAUGUUGACAUGCAGCGCAGCCCGGGGAAAUGUGAAUUCCUCAAGUGUUUGAAAUGUUUCUUUGGUGUAAAUUCUCUCGCUAGUUCUUCAAGCCAUUGUGAACCGCAGAAUGUAUUUGCCUUCAUUUUACACCGUAAUGCGGUGGUCAAGUAAUGUUAGUGUCAUCAUCCAGAACUCAGAGAUGGAGCUGUAGAUUUUAAGUCUCCUUCCAGUGGCGCGUAAGAUGUAAUUUAAUGAACAUUAUUUCCUGUUUCUGCAGAUGCUAGUUGGGGUCUGUUGCUUUUUGUUAGCCGUCAGUUUUAACAUUUGAAGAAUGGCUGAGGAAGAGGAUGAUCCUGGCUUUGAUGAGGAUAUGGACGAUGGAGGUAACGGGGCAGACUUGGGCCAGGGUAAAAGAAAGCAACUCUUUUCGAAGGAGCUUUGCUGUAUGAUGUAUGGGUUUGGAGAUGACCAAAAUCCAUAUACUGAAUCAGUGGAUAUACUGGAGGAUCUGGUGAUCGAGUUCAUCACGGUGAUGAUACACAAGGCAAUGUCUAUAGGCUGCCAGGGCCGUGUUCAGGUGGAGGACAUCGUCUUUCUCAUCUGCAAGGACCAUAGAAAGUUUGCGAGAAUGAAAGACCUGCUCACAAUGAAUGAGGAGUUGAAAAAAGCUCGCAAAGCCUUUGACGAGGCAAAUUAUGGGUGGGUCUUAAAAUAGGCCAUGAUUCGUAAUGCAUUCAUUUUAUUCAACCCAUGGGAAUAUGGUUACUUAUUGCCUCUAAUGGAGUUUGACCUGUUAUAAAUAUUUGUAUGAAUAUGUACAUCUUGCAUACAGUAUACAUUUAUGUUUUGUCAGUAAUAUACAUUGCAUUCAUAAAGUAUUCAGACCCCAUCAUUUUUUGUCACAUUUUAUUGUUGCAGCUUAAAUGCUUUAAAUAAUGUUUUUCACCACAUCAAUCUACACUACAUGCCCCAUAAUGACAAAACAAAAACCAGAUUUUUGAUUCAUAAAAACUUAAAUAUCACAUUGACAUAAGUAUUAAGACCCUUUACUCAGUACUUAGUUGAAGCACCUUUGGCAGUGAUUCAAGUCUUUUUGGGUUUGAUGCGACAAGCUUUGCACACCUUGAUUUGGGGAUUUUCUGCCAUUCUUCUCUGCAGAUCUUCUCAACCUCUGUCAGGUUGGAUGGGGACCAACGGUGGACAGCCAUUUUCAGGUCUCCCCAGAGAUGUUCAAUUUGGUUCCAGUCUGGCUGGGCCACUCAAGGACAUUCACAGAGUUGUCCUUAAACCACUCUUGCAUUGUCUUGACAUGUGCUUAGGGUCAUUGUCUUGUUGGAAGUUGAGCCUUCGGCCCAGUCUGAGGUUCUGAGCACUCUGGACCAGGUUUUCAUUCUGGACCGCAUUCAGCUUUCCUUCAUCCCUGAUCAGCACUGUUUGUACUAAACUUCUUGCUUUUAAGAUUUAUGGAGGUCACUGUGCUCUUGGGAACCUUCAAUGCAGCCAAAAAAAUGUGUAGCCUUAUCCAGAUCUGUGCCCCAACACAAUCCUGUCUCUGAGCUCUGCAGGCAGUUCCUUUGACCUCAUGGCUUGGGUUUUACAUAUAUGCAUUUUCAGCUGUAAGACCUUAUAUAGUCAGGUGUGUGCCUUUCCAAAUCAUGUCCAAUCAAUUGAAUUUGCCACAAGUGGAUUCCAAUAAAAGUGUAGAAACAUCUCAAAGAUGAUCCAGAGAAAUUGGAUGCACCUGAGCUAAAUCUCAAAUAUCAUAGCAAAGGGUCUGAAUACUUUUGUCCAUUUUUUUUUUUCUUUUGAUAAAUUUGCAAAGUUAUCAAAAAUGUGUUUUUUCAUCAUGGGCUAUAGAGUGUAGAUUGUUGUGGGGAAAAAAAAUCAUAAUUUAAAACAUUUUAGCAUAAGGUUGCAACAACAAAAUGUGGAGAAAAAAACCGAAGGGGUCUGAAUAUUUAAUGAAUGCACUGAAUAUACAACUGAUGUGUUAAGGCUGCUGAAGAUCAUUUUAAACUUGUGGUAGAGGUUGUAAACUUGCAAUGUAUUCCAUUUUCACUGGCAUUGCACCUUCAACUUAUAGCCUUCUACUUAUAAUUCUCCUUAAAAAGCCAUGAACAUUUGCCACUUUUCACUCCAGCGACUUUACAAUCUCUAGUAUAUAUUUUGCAUUUUAGUGUGCAAACUUUUAAUUUGCAAAUAAUACUCAGAAGCCAUUGACCAUAAAAACAAGACAGUUUACUGAUUUAUACAGUUUGGAGCACACAGAAAUUGUCAUCUUGAAAAUCUAGAUCUCCUAAUAUGUGCAAUAGAGGAGAGCAAUUUCCUAUGGCUAAUAUAGCUACAGUAAAUGCCAUAUAAGCUA